AUGGUUGAUGCUGGUGGUUUCACACUGGUGAAAAACAAUCAUAGGUUUAGUCAUUCUUCGGCUGCAGCAGAGUCUAACUUUGGCAACAUCUUUUACAGAAAGAGUGCUUCUCUGGCAGCUGGUGUUCCUAAGCUUGGUUAUCACGUCCAGUCUUCUCACAAGUAUGUGCCCAGGAGAGCUGUGCUGUAUGUACCUGCAGAUGAUAAAAGAAAGAUACAGAAAAUCCCAUCGCUCAAGGUAGAUUGUGCUGUAUUGGACUGUGAAGAUGGUGUGGCUCUGAACAGAAAGAAAGAAGCAAGACAGACAGUUGUGAAAACACUAGAGAAGUUUGAGUUUGGCCAGACUGAAAGGUGCAUUAGGAUCAAUUCGGUGUCCAGUGAUCUUGCAGAACAAGAUCUGGAGGUGCUUCUACAGUCCAGCAUCCUUCCUUCAAGCCUGAUGCUGCCAAAGGUUGAAAGUACAGAAGAAAUAAGAUGGUUUUCAGACAGAUUUUUACAUCACUUAAAAGGUCGAACACUUGUAGAACCAAUGAAUUUAAUCCCUUUUGUGGAAACUGCAAUGGGGUUACUCAAUUUUAAGGCAGUGUGUGAAGAAACACUGAGGAUAGGACCCCAAGUUGGCCUUCAUCUGGAUGCAGUAGUCUUUGGAGGAGAGGAUUUUCGUGCCAGCAUAGGUGCAACAAGCAGUAAGGAAACUCAUGAUAUUCUAUAUGCCAGGCAAAAAAUAGUCGUCACUGCAAAGGCUUUUGGCCUACAAGCUAUAGACCUUGUGUACAUUGAUUUCCAAGAUGACGAUGGGCUCCGUAGGCAAUCCAGAGAAGGUGCCUUAAUGGGUUUCACUGGUAAGCAGGUGAUUCACCCUAACCAAAUUGCUGUUGUUCAGGAGCAGUUCUCUCCAAGCCCUGAAAAAAUAAACUGGGCACAAGAAUUGAUUUCUGCUUUUGAAGAGCAUCAGCGUUUAGGAAAGGGCGCCUUUACUUUCCAUGGGAGUAUGAUAGACAUGCCAUUACUGAAGCAGGCACAGAACAUUGUUACGCUUGCCACAGCCAUCAAGAAAAAAUGAUCUGUUAAAUGAAGCUCUCCCCAUGCAGUCACAGUAGCUAUUUUAAAGAAUGACUAUAAUACUUCGGGGGGAAAAAUUAAAUACAUCAGACUUAAGCAGAAAUCCAUUUACAUUUCACCGAUCUGUCCUAAUUUUCUCACCAGCCUUUCUAACUACCAAAACACCAUGGAUUUUUAUGUAGGGCCAAGCCCGGGUCCUGGUGGCCAGCGGUGAAGUCAGAGUGUUGUGUGGCAUCGCCGCCAUCCCUGCCAAGGCAGUGGGAUGACUUCACCAAAGGAGCAAAGCCAGGGCUGGGCUGGGAGGAAAUCAGCCUUUUUUAGAAAGAGGUUGGAACAGAAAAACCAGGUCCGAUGCUUUUGGCUGCUCCCGCCUUGGAGUCCAGGCUCUUUGCCUGCUUCUUCAAAGAGGUGAAAUCGUUAGUAGGAAACAAAUCACCCCCGGAAUGUACCCGACCAUUAAAAACCAAUGC